GUCUGUACCUACACACAAAAUGGUUGAUCGGUUAAUGCCGGUGGCUAACACAAUAACAUACACAAACAGGGAGCUCGUUGUGAUGGACGAUCUUCCCAAUUGUUUCUUGCAUUGCAGUCGCGAAGCUUCAUCAUCCACUACAUUCAACUUUGUCUUGCUUUAUAUCUACUCUUACUUCCUUUUAACUUGCUCACUUCAGUCUCUUAUCAACCAUGAAUUUUAAUGUCAACGAUAAUCCUCUUCUCGUCGCUCCACGACCCAUUCGCAUCACCCCACACCUUGCUCGUUCUACACAUUUCAAAUUUGUCACUUCUCAAGUCGAUCAUGUAAAGCUGUCCGAAGACACUGAAUCCCUCGACGAGUACAAACAGCCUACCCGUAUUGACUCCUCGGUUUCGUCCGAUAAGGAUUUCUCCUCUCCCCGUGCAUCGCCUCGGUCCAGCCUUCCAUCAGAGGCGCUUGAGGAGUUCCUAUCAAUCUGCAUGGGGUGGAAAUGUCCAUCAUCUCCUGUAUUGCGACCACGUCGCAACGGUGCUGUGUCGCUGCCCGCGUUUGGCCUUCCUUACAGGUCAAGGAGCAGAAUGGACUUCAUCCACGCCAAGGGUGACCUCUCCAGCAUCACGCUCACCGAGGAGAAUGAAUGGGCCCCUCGCGCGCGUUCUCCUCAAACUCUUUACGAGCGAGAUGAGCUUGAGAACCUUGACGUUCAAGACUUCGAAAGAUGGAACAUAGCCCACACUCUCUCAUCUCCAAUCUCUCGUGCGCGCAACCCAUUUUUACGCCACCCUUCUUAUGACAUUGCCCCCUCUGGCAUCUCGAAUUUCUCUCAAUCAUCUCCCCCGAUCACUUCGGCAACGGCAACGCCCAUGUCUCCUGCGGCUGUUCCUCUUCCUGUCCCAACCCCUGAUGAGUUGGUCAAGGUUUACUGAACCCUGCUCUUUAUCACAGUAGUCCUCGUCUCGUCGUCCUGUCGUUACUCUUCUAUAUAUGGUAUGUCCUUCAAUAUUACCAGUUCUCCGAUUACAUUACAGAUACCACUUUUGAUUUGUUGGUCUACUCUUUCAUCGCACUAUUCUAUCUUGUUUUACCGCAUACUUAUAUUCCACAUUGAUGCCCCCACCCCUCUAGUUAUUUUGUUUUGCAUACGCUCAUUAUCAUGUUCUUUAUACAUCACGAAGGAUCACUUCCAAGUUUGUCUCCACUGCUUCUCAUGUGUUACCCGGUGUGCGCCAUUAUCUUCUAGGAAGGA